GGGUGUGGGGAGCAGGGUCAGCUGGGCCGUGUGCCUGAGUUAUUUGCCAACCAAAGUGUCCGUCAGGGCCUUGAGAGACUCCUGGUCCCCAAGUGUGUGCUGCUAAAAUCCAGGGGAAGUCGGGGCCGUGUGCGGUUCCAGGAUGCCUUCUGUGGUGCCUAUUUCACUUUUGCCAUCUCCCAUGAAGGCCAUAUGUAUGGCUUUGGCCUCUCCAACUAUCACCAGCUUGGAACUCCGGACACUGCAUCUUGCUUCAUUCCUCAGAACUUGACAUCCUUCAAGAAUUCCACUAAGUUCUGUGUGGGCUUCUCUACUGGCCAGCAACAUACAAUCUGCGUGGAUUCAGAAGGAAACGCAUACAGCCUGGCCAGGGCUGAAUAUGGGCGGCUGGGCCUUGGGGAGGGUGUCGAGGAGAAGAGCAUACCAACCCUCAUUUCCUGGCUGCCCGUCGUCUCCUCAGUGGCCUGUGGGGCUUCUGUAGGAUGUUCUGUGUCCAAGGAUGGUUGUGUUUUUGCCUGGGGCAUGGGCACCAACUACCAGCUGGGCACAGGGCAGGAUGAAGAUGACUGGAGCCCUGUGGAAAUGACUGGCAAAAAGCUAGAGAACCGAGUGGUCUUAACUGUGUCCAGUGGAGGCCAGCACACAGUCUUACUAGUUAAGGACAAGGAACAGAGCUGA